AUGUCUGAUACCGAGAUGGCCAAUUCCGCACCUGCGGCUGGUUCCAAGAUCGAGAGACUGCCUAUCACCGUCUCAAAGCCCACACCCUACACAUUCGAUCUGGGCCACCUGCUUGUCAACGACCCCAACCCCCUGGAGCUCCCGGCGGACCAAACCCUGAACGACUCGCUGAAAGCGACAGCCCGCGAUGGCGUUCAAGUUCUGAUCAACCAGCUCCUGACAACCUGCGAGAUCAAGACCUCCGUCGCUGACGGCGUGCUCCUCACUCUGCCAGCGCCUAACAUCCACCUCCCGCGCCACAAGCCGCUGCCCGUCCCCAAGGCGCCCACGAAAUGGGAGCUGUUCGCCCGCAAGAAGGGUAUCGGCAAGUUCAGCCAGAAGCCCGGUGCCGCUGGCCAAGACAAGGAGCGCCGCAAGAAGCUCCAGUACGACGAGGCUACUGGCGAGUGGGUGCCACGUUGGGGUUACAAGGGCAAGAACAAGGACGACGAGAACCAAUGGCUUGUUGAGGUUGAUGAGAAGAAGUGGAAGAAGGAGGCUGAGGCUAAUGCUGAGGGCGGUAACAUUCGUGGUAUCUCGCGGACUGAGCGCAAGGAACGCAUUAGGCGUAACGAGCGUAAGCAGCGGUCGAAUGAGAAGCGGUCGAACCCUGCUCGUGCGAAAUGA